CCUUCUAUUAAUUCAUACUUUCUUCCUUCCAAUGCAACUUCGCUAUUUUUGUAGGCUGUUAAUCAUACAAACACAUUUCUCUAUAAGUAUAACAACAACUUCUAUAUUCCGUAUUCUUGUAUUUUUCUUCCCUUUCACGCAUAUCACCUUGCCUUAUAUUCUUUCUUUGUAUGCUUUCUUCCUUCUCACUCAGACUUCCUCCUGCUGCUUUCCUUUCUCAUUAUAUUUUUCUUCUUCGCUUUCGUAUUUUCAUCUUUCAUCAAUCCCCAUGGAGCUCAUGUUCAUCUUUCUCACCUCCUACCACUUCUCACGCCACGCCAAGUUAUCUCCUCAUCUCUCAAUCCCGACGCAGCUUUACGCCCUUUCCCUCUUCCCUUUUCUUCACUCAUAAUUUUUCACACUCUCCUAUCUCAGCCUUUUUCUUCAUCACUUUAUUUGUUUUUUCUUCAUUCUCACUCCCGUCCAGUCCCUCUUCCCUACCAUAGCCUCCCCUCCCUUCUUCCUCCUUUUUUUACCUGCUUAAAACAUAACUUAUACUAAUAUUUUUGCCUCUUCUUCACUUACAAAUCCCUUCUCUUCUUCAUCUCUCUCUUCCUCUCUUACAUCUCUGUCCUUGCUUUACCUCCGCUCACAUCUCCAUCCCUCCUCUCUCCUCUUCCUCUCUUAUCCCUUCUUCACCUCUUCCUUUUCUCCUUCACUCAGGUCACCCCUCCUCCUCUCUCUUUUAAAUCAUUCCUUCUUCAUCUCUCCCUCUUCUCCUUCACUCGCGUCUCGAUCCCUCCCUUCUCUUCUCCUUUUCCUUCCCUCACGUCAUCCCUUCUCUCUUCUCUACUGAUCCUCCUUCAUCUCUCCCCUCUCCUCUUCCACUCACACAUACGCCCUUCCCUCCUCCACCUGCAGUGCUCCUCGCCGUCUACCUUCCCUUCUCGUCCAUCUGCUACGGGCUCCUGGGUGACAACGGCGUGCCUGACAACAUCUUGCAGGCGGUGAGCGGCCCGGCGGUGACUGUAACGCAGUCGUUCAUCCUCUGCCACUUCCUCUUCGCCUUCUCCGUCGUCAUCAACCCUAUCAACCAGGCUCUCGAGGGGGCCUUCAAGAUGAGUAACGACUUCGGGGUGAGGCGUGUGGCGAUGAGGACGUGCACGAUGGUGGUGGUGGUGGUCGUCGGCUUCACCAUCCCGGACUUCAGCAAAAUCUUGGAUCUGAUCGGCGGGUCCACGGUCACCCUCAUGUCCUUUGUGCUCCCUCCGCUCUGCUACCUCCGCCUCAACGCCUCCAGUGAGCUCGACGGGCAGCCACACAGAGUCCUGCCUAUGUGGGAGGUGGUGGUGCUGUGGGUGAUCGUGGUCCUAGGCGUGAUGGGGGGCGUGGCAUCCACCUGGAGCGCCCUCUCUGCCAUCAUCGACGGCCAGUCCUUCAACAGCACCUGCUUCUCCCCACACACCUUCUGCGCCUAAACACGGCCUGUUGAGGGAGACUCCACGUGCCCUCACCUGCCUGUCUUGCCUAUCUGGUCUCACUAACUCGGCCUCUUGCAGUUUCCCUAUGUUCUUAUGUUCUUAUGUUCUAUGCCUGCCCUCCCCUUCGCUCCACCUCACCUGUAACAUGACCACCAUCUACAAGUCUCUCUUAAUCAUUAUCUGCCUCUCCCCAAGACUUAGCCAGGUGGAGGAGUCCCGUGCGCCUCACCUGCCUCGCCUACCCCCACGUGUUGUCUUCACCGUCGCCAACGAGCCGCCCUUCACGACCACCAGGUUCUCCUCCCCAACACGCAGCCAGGUGGAGAGUCCCGUGCCCACCUGCCUCGCUUCACCUGCCUCGCCUCGCUUCGCCUUGCUUCACUUGUUUCCUCCCAUGUUCCCUCCUCGACGCUGGUUACAACGACCUUUUUCAGGUCACGGGUUUAUCUGCAUGUCGGCCGUCGAGUGCGUGUAUCAUCGACUAUCUUUACCGUCCGGCAGCGUUUUCUGUGCGGCUAAAAAUAUGAACACACUGAUUGCAUCGUUUCCCAGAACGACGCAAUGAUAUACUGGUGUUCUUCCACGAGCUCGACGCGGAAAUGUAAAUGGGAAAGCAAGAAAAAUACGGGUAACGAGAAGUACAGCAUAAAGAUAGUUGUUCUCGGACACCCACACCCACACCCACCCACACCCACACAAACCCACACCCACACACCCACACACAAACAAACAAACAAACAAACCCACACUUCCUUUGACCUUUUCGCCACCUUUGUCCUCCUCGUUCUCUGCCUCCUCCUUCUUUCAGGAAACCCAUAUUUCUUCGCAAUUCUCAAAAGAUCACAAACAACACUCAGCCACCUCCAGCCCUCCAGACACAGAGAAACGAACAGAAAGACAGAAAGACUGACAGACAACCGCAUGUAUUUGCUUCCCUCACACCAUCUGGCCUACUUCACCACCUUGUCUCAGCGUGGUGGUGGUGGUGGUGGUAGUGGUGUCGGGGGUGGGUGGUGAUGGUGGUGGUGGUGUCACGUUCUACAUGUUUGUCACUACCACGACAGCGUGUUUGACUUGCGGGCGUGUGUUGGCGAGGACCCAGCCGUUUGUCCACCUUCCUGCCCUUCUUCCUUUCUUUUUUUUUCCUUCCUUCCUGCCCUCCUUCCUUCUUUCCUGCCCUCCUUCCUUCCUUCCUUUCCGCUUUCCUUCUUUCCUUUCUUCUUUCCUUCCUGCCUUCCUUUCUUCUUCCUUUCUAUGUUCCUUCUUUCCUUUCUUUACUCCUGCCUUUCCUUCCUUCCUGUCCUUAUUUUCUCCUUUCCUUCCUCCCCUACUCACACACUUCUCCUUCCCAUUAUUUAUUUCGCCUUAUCCUUCCUUCACUUCCUUACCUUCCUUACCUUCCCAUACUCAACUUCCUUCUUUCCUUCCUUCCUACUUUUCCUUCUUUCAUUUUCUCACUCUCCCCCUUCCUCCUCCAGUCACACUAACACUUUCCUUUCCAUCCUCU